ACCCCACCCUGUGUCGGAACUCUGGCCUACAUUUUUUACGAGCUGGACACAGAUAGGCUAACCACAAAUCAAUGGCAGUACGUUUAGCUAUAUUUGUCCGCAGAAAACAGAAAAACUAAUGAUUAUUAAUUGUGGUAUUAAGUUGUGCUGGCUUACUUAAUUUAACAAGCAAUUCGUGUCCAAAGAAAUGCGUCUGUGAAUAUUCAAAAUCUGUGCAGUGUUUCCGGGUGCAAGCUGUUCCUUCCGGCAUUCCAAAAGAUGCAAGGAAACUCAACUUGGGAUACAACCACUUAAAGGAGCUAAAGAGCAGGGAUUUCCAUGGCCUGACAGGGCUGGAGGAAGUGAUUGUGUCCUCCUGUGGAGUAGAGGUGGUGGAGUCUGGGGUGUUCAGGGCUCAGGGGAACAUGAGAAGCCUGGAGCUCCAGAAGAACAAGCUGAAACAUGUGCCACGUGGCCUUCCCCACAGCCUGGAGACCCUCAAACUGGGCAACAACAGGAUCCAAGGCCUGCAGGAGUCCGCAUUUGAGGGCCUGAAAAAACUGCGGGUGCUGGACCUGCAGAACAACCUGAUAACCAACCUGCGUGCCAGCGCUCUCUCCCCCCUGGUAAAACUGGAGUGUCUUUAUCUGGACAGUAAUAAUAUCGAGAGCGUGCAGGGCUCCCUCAAACUGGCUCAGCUGAACCUGCUGAGCAUGGCGAACAACAAGAUUCCCUCUCUGUCGUCGGCCUUCUUCACGUUGCUACGGUCCCUUGCGACAUUACGGCUGACGGGGAAUGGCCUCGUCAGAGUCCCGCAUGACCUCCCCCAGGCGCUGUCCUCCCUGAACCUGGACAGAAACCAGAUUCGCUCCCUGAGGAGUCGGGAACUGGGCCACCUCCGCCACCUUGCCGCGCUGUCCGUGUCCCAAAACAAGUUGGUGUCCGUGGAUGGGGGCCUGCGCCUGCCCAACCUGACGGUGCUGGAGCUGUCGGGGAACCACCUCCGGAUGUUGCCCACCAGGGUGACCCCCAAGCUGGAGAAACUGGACUGCGGGCAGAACUCCAUCCAGGAGAUCACCUAUCAGCAGCUCUCUGGGAUGAGGCAGUUGAGGCACCUGUUCCUGGAGAACAACUCCAUCCAGCACUUUGAGGCCAACGCCCUGAAGAACUGCAUCCACCUGACCGACCUGGCCUUGGAACAGAACCUCCUUCCGGCUAUUCCAGAGGGUCUCCCCGAAACACUGGUUCGACUGGAUUUGAAAGGGAACCGCAUCGCAACGAUCCGCGAACGGGAGCUGAUUUCCCUCAAGCGCCUCCAAGUGUUGAAUCUGCGCAACAACAAAUUGUCCUCUCUUAGCCUGUCCGCACUGGAGUUGCUGCCUAGGCUGAGGAAGGUCUACCUGGAUGGGAAUCCCUGGAACUGUAGCUGCGAAAUUAUUCGGGUUAAGAGGAGACUGCUAGCUAGGAGGGUGGAGAUUCGCACCGAGCUGUGCAAUGAGCCGAUUCGCGCGCCGGGAGACGACUGGCGCGCGUACCUCAGGGAGCAAGAUAAGUGUGAGGAGUAUAUCCGAGAAACGGUUGUGGAGAAUCAAGAAAAGAGCACUGUACAAAUUGAGCAGACAGACAAUGAGGAAUACUAUGACUAUGACUCUUAGCAUACUUUAUGCAUAUUAAAUAUAGUCUUUUCAACAGCCUGUCGUGUUUCCAUUUGUUUUGUUAUGGAAUAAACAAACAAUUGAGUUUGCUUGUGAGCUGUGUAAGAAGGAAAUACAAGUUUAUGUUUUGCAUACCAUACACGAUAUACUAAUGAAUAAUCUCCAUUGCAGUCCAUAAUCACAACUAGCAUUUUGUCAUUUGUUUCUACUUAAAAUACCAGUACUAUUGUUGUUGUGUAUUUGUCUCUUUUUUUGUAAAUGGUUCUUUUUAAUCUAACCCACUUCUUGGCUAAUAUUUUAUAAAUGUAGUAGCUGGUUCGAUUAACUUUACAUAUAACAUUUCCUAACAUUAAAUGAGUUGUUCAUUC